CGUCCGGCCAGCGUGCGGCAACCCUCAGAAAAAUCUGGUGGAACUUUUGGGCCUGGUGGACGAGGAGCGGUGCACGUAACGAGAUCAUCAUCGCGGCGACGAAAUUUCAUCUCCACGAGUCCGGGCAUGAAUUGACGGACGGCGCGACAAACAGAAAGCAACACGCCGUGUGCGCGGGUCUUACCGCGGAUCAUCGUCACGAUCUCGCGUUCGCGAGGUAGUGCCGUACCCUACACAUAUAUAAGAAUUUAUAUACAGAAAUGGAAUUCGGAGCGGGCGAUGUGGCUCAGAUAUCAGCGGAAUUGGCGCGAGUGGUUGAGAUAAUGAUGUCGCCGAACGUACCUCAGCAACAACGAUUGGAAGUGUACAACGCUUGCGAAAGAUUCAAAGAGACUUCACCGCUGUGCGCUCAAUGCGGCUUAUAUCUGGCACAGAAAUCGCCAAAUCGAAGCUCGGUCGUGCGUCACUUCGGUCUGCAGCUGAUGGAGCAUUGCGUCAAGUACAGAUGGACGCAGAUAUCUCAGUCGGAGAAAAUUUUUAUCAAGGAGAACGCGAUGAAGCUGCUUCAGGAAGGGACCGAGCCGUUGCUGCAAGAGGAGGCGCAUAUAAAAGACGCAUUGUCGCGCGUGGUGGUCGAGAUGAUCAAACGAGAAUGGCCUCAACAGUGGCCCACAUUGCUGGGCGAGCUCAGUCAAGUUUGCUCGCGGGGAGAGAGCCAGACCGAACUGGUUCUACUGGUGUUUCUCAGACUGGUCGAAGAUGUGGCUCUGUUGCAAACGCUUGAAUCCAAUCAGAGAAGAAAAGACAUAUAUCAGGCGUUGACCACAAACAUGGCGGAGAUAUUUAGCUUCUUUCUGAGACUGAUGGAACAGCACUUUUCCGAAUUUCAAAAGAAGAAUGCCUUGGGACAGACGUCCGAAGCCGCUGCGCAUGGCAAAGUCGUUCAAGUAGUGCUGUCUACUCUAACGGGAUUUGUAGAGUGGGUUUCCAUAAACCAUGUGAUGGCCGAGGACGGGAGAUUGUUGCAGAUACUAUGCCUACUGUUGGGAGAUCCGAUAUUUCAGUGCGCCGCCGCCGAAUGCCUGCUUCAGAUAGUGAAUCGCAAGGGCAAGGCCGAAGAUCGAAAGCAACUGAUGAUUCUAUUCUCGGAAGAGGCCCUGAGGUUCAUUUACACAGCGGCGACCGCUCCGCCGUCACUCGCAGGACCGACGGAUUUUCACGAGAAUCAUUAUCUGUUCUUGAAAAAGCUCACACAAGUACUGACGGGAAUGUCGACGCAGCUUUGUACCUUGUGGGGCAAGGACGACGCUUCUAGCGUGCGACCGACACAUUUUAAUCUUUUUCUAGACACUGUGCUUACAUUCACCAUGUAUCCCAGUCUCACGCUUACGCAUUUAGCGAAUGCGAUUUGGAUAAUGCUGUUCAAGCAUGAACAGAUCAAGACCGACUCGUUGCUUCUUACAUAUGUACCCAAAUACGUGGAGCACACGGCGCCCAAGUUGAUUCGCGUUACGUAUCCGCAAAACAGACAGAGCAACGGCAUAACCACGUACUGCCUCGCCGAUUACGAUUCCGAGGAGGAAUUCAAUGUGUUUCUCCAUCGCUUCAGAAUGGAUCUGCUGGAAGGGUUCAGACACGCGACCAUGGUUGCUCCUUUGGUGACAUUCAUGUACGUGCAACAGUGGCUGACCGCAAAGAUCACAAAGGGCAUGGCAAAUCUGCAGUACAAGAGCGAUCAGAGCGAUCGAGAAUAUCUCGAAUGGGAGGCGCUUGCUCAAGCGCUCGAUUCGGUCGUGUCGCGAGUUUUGUUUAUCAACGAACGACCAAGCGUGCAAACCGGUCUUCAGCUGUUGGAACUGUGCCUAAGUUACUCGCCGCAGGAUCCCUGGUUGCUGUCGGCCCUACUCUCGUGCAUAAGCGCGCUCUUUGUGUUUCUGUCUAUGUCGACUGGCUCGAUGGCGAUGCCAGGUGUCGCUAUUCUGCCGCGCGUACUCGAAAAAAUUUUCGCCGCGCUGGUGUUCGAAGCACCUGGCGAGAGCGAACGCAGUCGUUCACGAGCGACGAAGAACGUGCGCAAACACGCGGCCAGUCUCAUGGUGAAGAUCAGUCUCAAGUAUCCGUUGUUGUUGCUGCCGGUAUUUGAGCAGAUACACACGAUGGUGCGCAGCUUAACUCGGGAACCCAGCCCGUUAUCCCGAAUAGAGAGCGUCACGCUCUAUGAGGCGUUGCUUCUCAUUUCCAAUCACUUCUGCGAUUACGAGAGGCAGACGCGAUUUGUCGCGGAAGUGAUCGGCGACACGUCGAGCAAGUUUAUCGCACUGGGCACGGAAUGGUUCAAGGGACCGCUAGAGCUCAUGCGAUUCGUGGGAUUGGACCGACCGCCGGUGGAGAACAUAUUAGAAGAUCCAGCCAGGUCUAAUCGCAACGAUCUCAUGAUGUACAUUUGCACCGUACUGAGCGUGGUCAAACGAUGCUCGAUUCCCGAGGAUCCCGAUCGCGCCGCACGGGGAGGAUUCGUAGCCGCGCUCAGUGAAAGCGGCAAUCCGGUUUACCGUAACCCCGCCACACCCCACGUGAUUCCCGUUCUACCAACGCUGUUUGCGCUGCUGCGAACGAUGAACGCUCUCUUUAGUCCUCCGGCUCUCGCCGCUCUUUCAGAUGGCUACAAGAAUGCUCACGGACUUCUGGAAUCGGAAAAGGCAAAUCUUUUGGGCGUGAAUAUAACCAACGACAACACGAGCGAAACGGAUCAACCGUCCAACACCACGUUGGUUCGAAUGCAAUCAUUCCUUAGCACAAUUCACGACCAGUGUUACCACAUGCUGGGCAGCGGCUGUCACAUGAUCGGUCGAGAUUUCUAUCAAUUACCCGGACUCGCACCGGCAUUGUUAAAUUCAGUUUUUUCAAACAUGGAGGCGAUUCCGGACUACAGAUUACGACCAAUCAUACGCGUGUUCGUGAAACCCUUCAUAUACUCAUGUCCGCCGGCUUUCUAUGAGAGCGUACUAGUGCCUGUGCUCGCUCACGUAUCCACACACAUGUGCCAAAGAUUAAGCGCGAAAUGGCAGUACAUCGCGCGUCUUUACGAAUCCGGUGGAUUGGACGAGGAGAACACCGACACGCAAGAGGUCAUCGACGACAUGCUGAACCGAAAUCUGACGCGAGACUUUGUGGAUGUACUCAAAGUUGCUCUGGUUGGCGGAGCCGCCAGCGACGCCACUCCUCCGGACACCAUGGAACAGGACAACGGCGGGAUGGCGGUGGAUCCUCCGGUUUCGCGAGGAAACAGCAUCAUUGCCGAGGUUGUCAGCGAACUCGGGGCUUUCAUUCUGCGUCAUCCGUCCACGUGUCACAGCAUUGUUCUCUGCGUGCUAGGAGCGCUCGCGUGGAACGACUCGAACGCGAGUCUCAAAGCGACGAUGUUGACCGGACCUGUGGUUCGAGCACUGGCAGCUGACGGCAGCCUGACUCCUUCUAUGGCAGCACAUAUUAUGGUCGCCGUUCUCCAGGGUUUACAGUUACAUGGUCAGCACGAGGCUAAUCAGGGUUCUCUCAUAACUCUAGGUGCGCAGGUCUAUGAGUGCCUUAGACCCAAGUUUCCAAAUAUCAUCGAAGUGAUGCAGCAAAUCCCGGGAGUCAAUCCCGCUGACUUGCAGCGGUUCGAUGAGAAAAUGUCGGUGGUCAGUACGAAGGGCAACAAGGUGGAGAAAGGAAAGAAGGAUCUCUUCAAGAAAAUUACGAAUCAGCUUAUCGGCAGAAGCGUAGGUCAGUUGUUUCGCAAGGAAGUCAAAAUAGACAAUUUGCCGCGGAUAGAAGUGUUCGGUAAACCUCAGCCGGUGCGCGUGGACGAGAUCUCGAAAAACGCCAGUGAUACGGGAAUCGCGGCUCUAUUUGCCGGGCCUACGUAGCAGACAGUUUUAGAGAGCCACACUUUACAUAGUUGGUCUAACUCAAUAAACGAUUAUAAAUUAUUGUAAAAAUGAAAAAAAAAAAACAAACAAACGUUCUCCACUGAGAGACGGCCGGAUAAAAGACGAUCCUAAACAACUGAGAAAGUGUGUUUUACAUUGAGCAUGUAUCGUGCUCAUACUUGAUUAUUAAGUGCUUCGAAUAAGUCUUGGGUACAAGUCGUGAACACAAAUUUAUAUCUACGAUGGUGUGACUGACGAGACAAUUUUUCUGCAUUUUUUCCUCGCUUUAAAACAAAUCGUUCAAUUGCGUCCGCAAUACAAAAAUGUAGCCAUGAGUUUUUUUUAUAUUACAUUGUUCUUAUAUUUUCCCUCUUUUUUCUCAUAUUUAUUAUCGAUUUUAGAGUAACUUAUCAACUUUAAGAUAUUUAUGCUUGAGAAAGACAAAUUAUGGCCGAUAUAUCAAGUUUUUCAACGUUUUGUGAUCUUUUUCACGUCCAAUGUGUUACGUGUGUAUUGACGACACAAUGUCUUCAAGAUAUUUAUACUAGAACUGAUGAUGUCCGGUUUCUUGGAAUAAUAACCGGUUAUUCGAACUCAUAUUAUUCGGGUAGUAUCCGCAUGCUUGAUUCUACAUUAUAAUUUUUAUAACUUAUAUUAUCUCCAUAGUGUCCGUGUCAUUCGAGUUAUUUAUAUAUCAAGAGUAUCGUGGUAUCUGUUUAGAUAACAGGUAGAAAAUCACAUGUAAAACUAUUUUUCCUGGUAUUUACUAGAUUAAAAAACCUUGCAUUAAACACACACAUUCUGAUACUCUUUAAGUAUAAAUAUCUAGAUGAUACGGGCAUUCAAAUAUGAGAUAAUACGGUUCUCGGAUAACACGGUCCAAAUCAUCAGUUUUAACUCGUACAUCACGCGAUGUUAUAUCUUUUGUUUUUCUUCGACGAAUUGAGUCAAUCGAGAUUAGGGGAAGAUUGCUCGAGAAGAAGCGAAUUAUUGUGAUAAAAUGUGUGUGGAACGACUGAACUUUUAAAACGAUAUGUUGUGUGUCGAGUGAUUUUUCGGAACUGCCAGCUUGAGAAUAUGUUGUACGAGAGAAAUGUGACUAUCGUGUGCGAGAGAAAUAAAAUUAUUGUAGAAUAUUUUCACUUCCUCUUCUAUUUUUUUUUUUUUUUUCUUACAUUUUUUUUUCUUUUUCGCGCUAAUUUCCGAACUAUGUCUCCGAAGUCUGCGGUAGUAUUUGUAGCAUGUUGGAUCUGUUCUCUUUAGCUACGUGCUUGUAUUUUUUUUUUUUUUUUUAUCGAUUUUAUCGAUCACAAUAUACGCGUUUUGAUUUCCACGCGAGAAAGAGAGACAAAGAAGGGAAGCGAAAAUUUUCGCAAAGACAGUGCAGCUAAAAAGAACACAUCUGUUGUAUACUACGUUAAGGAUUUCGAAGUAUAGUUUAUUAACAUCGGUGUCAUAUAAUGUAUCUAUACAGAUAUAGAGGUAUAUAUAUAUAUAUAUAUAUAUUGUACAAUACAAUCUUACAUAACGGAUUGAGAGAUUUUCUUUCUAUCUCCGCGCGAAGAUAGAAGAGAAAACAAACAAACAAAAAAACACAAAAAAAAACAAAAAGAAAA